AACAGUCAACGGUUGAGAAAAAGAGCAAAUCAGGUACGCAAUAAUACGGAGUGACACAAAUGCAAGGGGAAGGCGUUGGCGGUGAAGAUGGUCUCCGUGCCGGGCGUGACAACGACGAUGGUUCGGAAAUCGGCCUUGGUGCCAGUGGCAGGCGCUUAAUGAGCAAGAACGAGUACUACGAGCAAGUCGCUGCACUCGACCUAAAUUUCGCCUUGGAUAACCCUCUCUACGCAGACAAGGAGAUCCAUAUUGUGCACGCUGAAGACCAUUGGCAUUGGCUCAAAUUGGCACGGAGGGAAGAAACCGAGGAG